AACUAGGAACAAACAUGUGGGAGAGGUAAAACCAAGUGGUCCCAACCUCUAAUAUCUGAAAUUCUCAAAUAUGUCAUACAUAAAUAUCUCAAACUGUUCUGAAGUGGCAUUAUUUUGCUCAGACAUAAACAUGUUUCCUACUCCAGCAUUGUUCCUGUAGGGCCUCACACAUCAAACCCCUUCAUGUUGAAGUUUCCACCAGAGACAAUUGUCCACAAGGGCAAUGUUUUCUACCUCCUCUAUGGGGUCGGAGGACUCCUGAUGACGGUCACUGCUGGGAGCCGUUGUGUUGACGUUGCUGUGAGGACGGCCCAGAACCCUGCUAACCUGCUGCGCCUGUCAAACACACUCAUCGGGCUCAUGGGCCUCCGAUACCAAAAAAAGAAACCUGCGAACUCUGUGGCAAAACAAAAACUCAAGAGGCUGUUUUUAACUGACAGUUUCAACAGCCUCCUCGAUAUGACGAGAUCAACGCUCCAAGGAACUCAUCAUUUCGCAGUUUUACGCUGGUUUCCUGAGAAGCAAACAAAUGUAGAGUCUGCUCACUGCGUCUCAGCAAAAAGAUGUGGGAUUUAUUACAUCCUCAUUUGUGUGAACGGCUGCCAGCCUGUUCUGACACUGCGUUUAGGAAACAACAGCAAACUGAAAACCUACAGUCCUGCAAAUCAGCUACAGUGGUUGAUUGAGUUUAGCAGCUGGGCGCAGGCACGAGGAGACGAGGUUUUUCUGUUACUAGAAGAACAAACCAGACAAAUCAGCUCUGGCUCUGACACAAAUGGUGCCACACAUGAGCGUCACCAUACAAGUCUGACCCUGGUCUUGUCGGCACUGUCUGUCGUCCUUCUGUGGAUGUUCCUGCCUCAUAUUGCAGUUUUCGCUGCGAUCUGUUUAGGCUGGAAGGUACAGCAAUGUAUCCACUGAGCGCCGCACUCAAAGAGAAAAUAAUCCAGGCUUUCAUAUCUGAUUUACAGUAACUCAAUGUUUUGGCCCGAGCCUCUUUUUGCAACUGGCUCCAGAGCACUGCAGCAAAGCUUCUAACAAGAUCAGAAAACCAUAUUACCUUUUCUCCUACCUCCCUGCAGUGGCUCACAUGUUAGCUUUAGAAUUGAAUCUACUGUUCUGAUAUUUAUCCACAAAGCGCUCUGUGGCCUCGGCCCUAAAAAUGUGCUGUAUAUCUGAGCUCCAUAAAAGUGAAGUAAAAACCUGAAUCAAGCUCCAAACUGUUUAU